AGAGCUACACGCCCUUUUCUUUUCACCAGUUUGACUCGGCUCCACACAACACAUCUGUCCAACCAAAAACAACAAUAUCAUUCCGAGCCACCGCUUUUUUUUUCCAUUUAGUAUUUUCUUCUCUUGUGUCUCCCUUCGCUUGUCUUCAAACAUGAACUCCUCGAUCGUCACGGAGGAUAUGGUGGUCGCCAAGGAGCAACAGAACGCAGCCCGGCUCAAGGCGAUAAACAGUCGCAGGUCAAAUGUAGCGCACGCCGUCGAGCCGGACCCGAACUUCCCACCGGAAUGUUGCUGCGUGAAGCCGAUGAUCUACCACAACAUCCGCGAGCAAGUGCCGAUUCCGCAGCAGCGCUUCAUGUACAUCCUCGCCGGCUGCUACGUAUUUUUGAUGUUUCUCAUCCUUUACAACAUCGUGUGUGCAAUUGUCGCCUUCGUCUUUGGCGGCAGUGCGCUAGGGUUUGGUCUGUCGUUUUUGUACCUGCUCGGCUUUCCCGGGGCGUGGAUGUUGUGGUACUACAACGUCUACUGCGCGACGGUGUAUUUGUCGCGCCCGCGGCAGGUGGUGGCGCUGUUCGGUCUCUUUUUAGCCUUCUGCUUCGACGCGUGGAUGGCCGUGGGUGUCACCAACUUUGGCGGGAUGGGCUUCAUUUAUGCACUUUCCCGGACCCACAAUAUGCCGAGCUUUAUUAUGAUCCUUGUUUGCGCCAUCCUGUGGUGCUGCCACGGAGCGCUGAUGGGCUACAUGUUUGUCCGUUACUGGUCUGUGUCGGCAUCGCUUUUGAAGAAGGCCUCAAACAUCUAUGCCCAAUCUAUCGUAUAA